ACCACUUCCGGCUCCGGGGCCGCCAUUUUGCCGUGAGACAGCACUGCGCUGGGCUGCCGGGAUGCUGUCCACCGCAGCUUACGCGGACUUCGAGCCUGAGAUGGGCUACGAGCUCGGCGCGCCCGUGCAGUACCGCUUCUCGCCCUACACCUUUAACGGAGGGACUGUGUUGGCGAUUGCUGGAGAAGACUUUUCUAUUGUUGCCUCUGACACACGACUGAGUGAAGGUUAUGCAAUUCACUGCCGAGACAGUCCAAAAUGCUACAAGCUAACAGAACAAACGGUCAUUGGAUGUAGUGGUUUCCAUGGUGACUGCCUUACCCUUACUAAAAUUAUUGAAGCAAGAUUAAAGAUGUACAAGCAUUCCAAUAACAAGACCAUGACUACUGGGGCUAUUGCGGCAAUGCUGUCUACAAUUCUGUAUUCUCGACGUUUCUUUCCUUACUACGUUUACAACAUAAUUGGUGGACUUGAUGAAGAAGGGAAGGGAGCAGUAUAUAGCUUUGAUCCAGUGGGCUCGUACCAGAGAGAUUCUUUCAAAGCAGGUGGAUCAGCAAGUGCCAUGCUGCAACCCUUGCUUGAUAACCAGAUUGGCUUCAAGAACAUGCAAAAUGUGGAACAGGUACCUCUGACCCUGGAAAAGGCUUUGCAGCUGGUUAAAGAUGUCUUUAUUUCUGCUGCUGAAAGAGAUGUGUACACUGGGGAUGCGCUUAAGAUUUGCAUUGUCACAAAGGACGGAAUUAAAGAGCAAACUAUCCAAUUACGAAAAGACUAAUUCACUUCCCUAAUAUACAUGUAAUCUAUGAUGUACAAUUUACCUGUAUUAUGAAGACAUUUGUCUUAUUAAAAUUUUUCAAGAAGUUUGA